UCUGAUAAGAGAAACAUGCUGAACUUUCUUUAGUGUCAAAAACGAAUGCUUAAUAACAGGUUGUGAUAAAUUAUGCUUUGGUGGAAGGUGAUUUAUGGGUUAUUUGGUUUUACAACAGUAACCCAAAUUUGUCUGUGUAAAGCUCAUAAUGGAAAAGACCAGGCGCCUAAUUACAUCACUCGUCUCAAAAAACGCACUGGAAGAGAUAUAAAACGGUUUAUCGAUGAGAAGACGACGGAAAAGGGUUUAGAAAUUAAUAUUAAAUUCAACCCCGUACAAUAUUCUGCGUUAUCCAGUGACCAUAUUAACGUGGCAUUCAUUUCAAUGUUUGGGAAGAAUGAUGUUAUUGCCGGAAAUAGGACGUAUAAUAUCGUUUUCAAAAACAGUACCUUCGUUUUGGAACCAAGUACCCCACAUUUCUUGACAAUGCAGCCCGAAAUGGAUUUUGUGAGGUCAAUUGAAUAUAACCACUUUCGGUUACUUUACGCUGCUCACAAUAGUUACUCUUGUAUUUAUAUGAAAAGUAAUAGCACCAACUUACCAUGGAUUAUAGUGCAGACAAUAGCAAGCGAGGGUAAAGUUGCAGAUGCCCAAUUUUUCCAAAAUGGCAAACAUCUUUAUUUGGUUAUCGUUAACGAUGAAAACCAUUUACCGACGUAUUCUAAAGUUUACAAAUGGAGCGGAACACAUUUCGAUGAAAUCGACAAAUUUAUAAGCAGAGCACCAAGCAAGAUACUAUCUUUUCCGAACCAAGCCGAUGAACUAAUUAUAGUUGUAGAGAAUAAUUCCUUUGAACAAAAGCACAAUGUUAUGGUUUAUAAAUUCCAAGAUAAUCACAUAAUUAAACAUCAAUUAAUUUCGGCGGUCCAUUACAGUUACGUAGUUCUAUACACUUUUCAAAAGCAGAAAUAUCUGGCAAUAUUGCAACAAAGUGGGAACUCUGUAUUAUACGUGUGGAUUGGGGACGAAUUUAUCGAAACUUCACUGUUCAGUAAUUUUGAACAUAUUCGUAAAGUAUUUUCGAUUUGCCUUUCGGACAUCCCUUUAAUUUUCAUAGUGCAAAAGGAUAAGCUAACUGUAUUGUCCCAUACGUCAAACAAUCUGAGACUAUUGGCAGAUGUAAAUUUGAGCAAAAGGCUUAGGCAAGUUUUGGACAUUACCGUCGUUGUUACAGAGUCUAAUUUCGCUUUGUUGGUAUUUGCGCGAACGCAAGACAGUGGAAUGGAUUACAUAAUGAUACCAUUCACUCUACCUAUCACAGAAAAGGAACAAAAGGCCGAACUGAAUGAAAUCAUUUUGUGCAUGUUAAAUCUGGAAAAGGCGGUCCAAGUCUACAAGCCUAUAAAUAAAACGAUUUUGCACACUGAGGAACUGCGACCACCAGAUGAUGUUAUACUUUCUUCUGCGUCUCAUUCUAAAUUAGACAAUGUGACCACCCCUAUAAUUUAUCACAACAGUGUUAUGGAUUUAAGGAUAAAAAUUGAGGAACUCACGAGAAGGCUGAACUCAUUUCGUGAAAAAUUAAAUGCAGUUUCCCUCGGCCAAGACAGGAAUAUCUACGGCAAGCUCACCAUAAAAGGUCAACUUCGCGCUCGAAAUGUUACCAUUACCCAUAUGAAAUCAAAAUCUAUAAAUAGCGUGGAAUGGGAACCACGCAAUUGGCUGUCCUAUUCGAGGAACCAAACGAUCAACAGCAUAGCUACCGUAGAAGAUUUGCAAGUCGAAACGUUGACACUAUGGAGCUCCGCAGACAUAUUGAAGGGCGCAUUUUUGCGUGGUGGGAAUCAGAUCAUUUCAAGUAAAGCAACAUUCAACUCUGUAAGGGCGAACAAUAUUUAUACAGGGAAGAUCAACGAGAUUGAGUUUGAGAACGUCUACCUGCGUAACAACCCGAGCGUGAUUCGAGGCGUCAAAAGCUUUGAUAACGUAAAUGCUGAGGAUACCAAAAUAUCAUACUUAAAUAAAGGAAAUGCUACCGAAAAAUUUGUACAGCUUACAAAUUCAGAAUCUAAAAAUUAUUUAUUUACAAAAAGUAUGUUUGUAAAGAAUUUUAAUUUUGAAGAAAUAAAUGGGAUGCACUGGAACACUUUCAAAGAUUCAGUGUUUCGUGUUGGUUCCACAAGUCGAAUUACAGGCGAUUUGACGUUUCCAACAAUAAAAUGUAAUAGCUUAUUUGUGAAAAAACUGGGAGCGGUCGACUCCACUAAUUUGUUUACAACAUCCACUCCACAAAAUAUUACUUCAAUUAUACGGUGGAAUACGGUACUUGCUGAAAAUGUUAACUUGGAUCAAAUUAAUCAUAUUAAAUUUUCUAAUAUGGCCACAGCAAAUAAAAGGAAUAUUAUUAAGGGUCCAGUUGCAAUUGGCGAACUAAGAGUCGACAGGACGUUGACCAUGCACCACAAUAACUCGGACCUGAGUGCGGAGGAGCACGUAAUAGGUACAAGAGAAUCCGAUCUACUUUUAAAGCAUCGCCAGCCCGUGAAAAUUAAAGGAAAUUUACACGUACCCAAUUUGUCAAUUUUUCCAAAAACUGAAGUAUUUGUCAAUUUUCAACAAUUCAAGGAAGACAUAUUAAAUAGUUACUGGUCGAAAACCAAAUUUCAGGUCAUUCCGACAUUUGUUGAAGCGCAACAGGGGAUUACAGUACCGGAUUUGACAACUAACGAAUUAAAUAACAUUCACGUCAGUAGCUACCUUACAAACGACUUGGAAGAUAAGCUUCCGAUUAAUUGGGUGUUUGAAAAUAUUACCGUUCUUGGAAAUAUUAGAACAAAUCCAUCUACAAAGCACACCCCAAAUCUUCAACAGCUUCAGCGAGAUGCCGUCAAAAUGAAUGGGUGGUUCAACAUCAGCGGCCAGAAAGUGAUGCAAGGUCGACUACGUAUAAAAAAUUUGGUUACCGAUGUGCUUGAUGAUGUCAAAGUCGACGACAUUUGGAAUUUGAAAACUAAUCCAAGUUCUAUAGAGGACAAAAUUUUUGAAACUUUAAUUGUAAAGGAAAAUGUUUUUGCAAACACCAUAUCAGCAAACGCCAUUAAUCGUGUUCAUUUGCAAAAGUUGAAGGACGAAGUUUUGUAUAUUGAUAAAGAAGAGUAUAUUGAAAAUAUAUACGCCAGCAACAUUACGGCGGGCGCUGUAAUAAUGUCCUUUAUAAAUGGUGUCGAGUUCACAGGAUACCAGCAAUAUCUAAACGAAAUGUAUACUACAAGUGUACUAGAAGAAGUAAACAUAAAUGGCAACUUGAAGGUAGCUGGUAUACAAAGUCUUUUAAAGAUCAACGAUUACGAUGUUGCAAGCUGGAAGAAGACAAUAUUUGAAGUGGAUAGGACACGUCCCACUUUUACGCAGAAUGUGAAGAUUGAUGGAGAUGUGUUUGCUGAAAAUGUUGAAGCGAUAUUAAUCAACGGAAUCAAUUUUUCAGACCUUGUUCAGGAAGUACUCUAUAGAGAGUUUGAUCAGAAUAUUACCGGUUAUUGGACGUUUGCUCAGUUAAAUACCCCAAACAUUUUCGUCUCGCAAAUAAAUGAGUUUCCGGUGGACGCUUUGAUAGACAGGGACAGUGAACUAAGCCAAAGCCUGUCGGUCUUGGGCGACCUGUACUUUAAUCAUGCCGUUUUUAAAAAAUCGAUAAAUGCGAAGAAAAUGGCGUGCGACGUUAGAGAAAUUAUCACAAGUAUGAAAAAUCCAUCAACUUUAGACUGGGAUACCGUUCACGUUACUAGAAAUGUUACUAUGUGGGAUAAAGAUUGCGACCUUAACGUCCUAUUGAGUGAGGCGGUUAACUCAAAAACUAGUAACGUUGUUGCAUCGCAGGUCACAUUUGAACAUCAUCUCUCUGCUAACACCAUGUAUGUGAGAAAGUUGGUUAACGGAAUAUACUUGGACGAAAUCUUAACUGACGCUGUUCUCAAGGAUUUUACAGAGCAGAUCAUAACGGGUUCUAAAAAAUUCCUUACACUGGCGGCAUCAGAAGUCACAACUAUAAACGCUAAUAUCCCCAUUGUUAAUGACGUUAAUAUAGUGGAAUUAAACGCAAAUAUUAUACACAAAGAUAAUGUGCACGAUGUCGUAGUAAAAGGUCCUAAACUCUUUUUUGGAGGUUUACAAGCGUUUCGGCUAAUGACGAGCACCGUGUCAGAUAUUAAUCCACGCGAUUUGGUAAAUUUAAAUAAUCUCUCCGUCAUCCCCAAGGCUUUCUUCUCGUCGUUGACAGUAGGAAACAAUUUCGAUUUUGAAUAUGUGAACAACGUGAAUAUGACCUAUUUCAUGUCAGAGAGACUACUGCGAAAGAGCUACGAGCCUCAGUUUGCUGAAGGAACAUAUUAUUUUGACGAUAUUCUUAUAUUGGGUGAAAGCAGUAUAACGUCAAUCAAUGGACUGUUGCUCAACGAUAUUGUAUUUGACUCAGGAGCCCAAGUGAUCCAGACCAAGAAAACGUUUACAAAUACAGUGCGGAUUAAUGGAGAUGCAUUCUUCCACUAUUUUAAUGGCGAAAAUCUGUCAGAAUUGUACAGAAAUUCCCUACUGAUUGGAGAAGACAAUGUGAUUAAUGGGUAUAUUAGGUUUAGCAAUAUUUCUGUAUUCGGUAAUGCACAAACAGAGCGUAUUAAUGGCGUUUCUGUAAGUGACAUUAAACAAUAUUUGGCAAGUAGCACACCUACUGUAGACGACGAUAUAAUUCGGAGUACUGUUCUAACGUUGGAUCAUUUAAUUGAUAUCGGUUUAAAUCAUUCUGAAGACAUGGAGGCUCAAUACUUAUAUGUGGAAGUGAUCAACGAGUUUCCCAUUUCAUUUACGAAUGUCGCGCAAACGUUUGCCUUCCAAAGUAAGGGUAGUGUAUUGCUGCUGGUUACACAACACGAAACUGGAGAUUUGUGUGGUUUCAAAAACGUAUGUCAUUGUCCCAGCCAAAAAGUGUUGCAGAUUGCAAAUGAAAAUUCAUUUAAUAUAAUCGGUGAAGGUACAAGGGAACGAGUGUUCAGUUACGAGGGGGAUAGUGAGAGUUAUCAUUUAUCCACAAACACUAUAAGCAGCAGUGAAACUUGCCUAGCAAAGGGAAUUAAUGAAUCAACGUCCCUUAUGUGGAUGACUUUUUCGCAGAAUGGAGCGUCUGAUCACUCGUAUUAUCCCAAGAAUCUAACUGGAUAUGUUAGUGGCGUUCAGUAUUUCAGGCACGAUAAUGAUAUGUACGUUGUAAUCACUCGAUAUUAUGACCCAACUCUCAAGACCCACAACGUGCCAUGUCUUGUAAUGAAAGUGGAGAAAGAGAAAGGGGAUGUGGAGGUGGUUCAAUCCAUCGAAGCGCGUAAUGCGCGGGUGUUACAUUUGUUUCAUACUAAUCAAGGCGUUGUCAUUAUUAUUGGGUCUUUUGCCCCCACUGAAAAAGUGGGCGAUGGUUUUGGCACAGCAGUGUACAGAUUUAGCAAGAAACCGAAGAGGUUUGAUCUGCUUCGCAAAGUUCCUAGUGUGAAAUGCAUAUCGGCUGUGGGAGUAGUGACUGGUCCGGACAGUUUAUUUGUCGUGGCCAAUGAAGAUGCUCCUUUGCAAGUGUACAAAUAUCAUCCAAAGUUUGAUAAUUACUACUUCUAUCAAAGUAUAUUCACAGAAUCGCCGGUUCUUGGACUCAGUACAUUUUAUGCGGGGGAUCCUUGUUUGUGUGCCGUAACAAAAGGUGGCCAAUUUUACAUUUACACCUUUCAGUAUCUGCAAGGAUGGGAGGUCUUGUGUAAGGGAGAAAUUGAUGGGUUGCAGGCGUUGGUUCCUUUUAAGCUUAGUAACACUAACUAUUUAUUUGCGAUAGCUAAAGAUACCAGUUUGUUGUUAAAUGUUGUCAAACACGGUUUCAAUUAACUUGCACCGUCUAUUUGUGUAGCUAUUAAAGAACACGGUUUAUGUUUUA